CACCCUCCUCGCCUUUUUCUUCGCCAAUUUCUUUCCCUUCAGUCGCAUGUUAGUGAUGUACUCGCUCAGGAGCAACUCUUACGCCUGUUUUCCUUUUCAGCUGUAUUCGCGAAAUUACCGCAGUUCUCCUAUCCUGCAUUUCGUCUCUUCCGAGGAAGCUUUUUGGUCAUUUACUAUGUUUGCAUGGUCGGAGUCAACGUCUACGGCUGGCGAAGCUCUGGCGUAAACCAUGUGCUCAUUUUUGAAAUUGACCCUCGUUCCCAUCUAAAUCAAUUUCAACUUAUGGAGAUGGGCAUGUUUUUGGCAGACUUUUGGGGAGCUGCGGUGUUGCUCUACCAAUUUUCCGAUUUAAUACAUUUUCCUGGCUACGUGACGCCACUCGUUCUCUUUCUGACCAUGCUAGUCUUCCUCCUCUUACCCUUUCAUGUCUUCCACUUCAAGUCCCGUUUCUGGCUUCUCAAGAUCUUGGUGACGCCACUCGCCAGGGUCCACUUCCCCGACUUCUUUCUUGCCGACCAGCUGAACAGUCUUUCAUUUAUCCUACCAGAUCUCGCCUAUUUCCUUUGCUUUUUCGUCAAUUUUAUUGACAAUCAAAUGAUGAUUAAAAGCAGUCUUCGAAAUUCCACCAUUCCACCUCCCGGAGCCAGUCAGCUUUUUGGUCACUCAACAACGUUACUGCAAACUUUCUUUCAAUCACUUUUUGAAAGUACCCAAAUGCUGGUCAACUGUGGACGCCAUCUCAAAUAUGGAGUCAAAAAAGCCAAGUUUUUUUUAAAGUUC